AUGCAAGAGCAGACCGAGAACGGUCUCAAGCCCUGCUGUUGGAGGAGCAAAGGCUUUGGAAUGCCCUUGGAGAAUUGCCGCGCAGAGGGACAUGAGGAUAUCCAGGCGGCUUGGACGCCCGACGCUUGCGCUGCUCCGGUCGCUGGAGCCUUCGUGCCGUUAUUCCCCAACGGUGAAGUGCUCGAGAACAGCCCAGCCUUCACUUGCACUCCCACCUGCGAGAACAUCUUCGCGCAGAACAGCGACCUGGAGCACGAGAAUUGCGACAACUGCCGGCCGGAUGAGGAGUGCAAGUGCACGGUGAAGUGCAAGGAUCCGCUCAAACCGGUCGGAGGCAACACUGGCUUACGGCGCUGCUUGAUGCAGGGCGGUCUCGCGCAGUUUGAGCCGCCACCCGACUGCCUGCAGCCCUGUGAGACACCGGAUCACAAAGAUGGUACCUUAGACGUGAGCCGCUGCAAGAAUCGCUGUGUGCCUGGAGACAAGGACUGCGAGUGCUACGUGGGUUGCGCCUCGGGGAACUUCCGCGUGGACGGAGGUCAAGAAGGCUUCAAGCAGUGCACCGUCACCAAUUCGGGGAACCAGCACCUGAGCUUGCCCGUUUGUCGGCCCAAAUGCGUGAAACCUGAAAACCAGUUUGGAACCUUAAACACGAAUAAGUGCGCCAGUUGCAUUGUCGGCAAGAAGUGCGAGUGCGAGCUGAGCUGCUUCUUCGGUUCCAGUUCAAGUGGUGCUCAGAACGGUCAAAAGACCUGUGCCUUUGUCAAGGGGGAUGAAAAUACGCCAGCUGCAGCUCAGUGGGAGCCAGUGGAGGGUGCCACUGAGGAGAACCCUGCCGGCGUGCCACAAUGCUUGCCUCCCAUCAUCAUCAAGGUGGACGAUGCCCGGAGCAAGAAGCCUUUGCCGGGUGUCACGAUCACCAUCACGGUGCCUUACAACACCGGCAGCUCUGCGCGCAAGACCAUUGCGAAGCUCUACACGGACCAGUCUCCGAACAAAGACCUCUCCGUGUCUUUCUCCACGGAAGCGCGUGACAUUCACGCCACGUUGGAGAAAGAGAAGUAUGCCACCAUCAAACGGAAACUGGAUCGAGGGAAAAACUGCCAGGAUGAGACCAAGUGCGAGUUCCAUUUCGCCAUGUCCGAAGAACUUGAGGGUGGCAAGCUUUAUCCCGAAGGCUGUUUCAUCAUCGGCAACCCAAAGAGCAUUGAGUGGGACAUGCGCGCAGUCUUGGAAUGGGAGGAACAGCCAGCGGACUUGGACAUCUGGGCCCGGAACUACGACUGCUAUCGGAAC